GUCUCGACUGUGCUCUUCACGGACAGCAAAUGGACAGUUUUCUUGUCACAACAAUAUUUUUCGCGCUUCAUUUUACAGAUGUACUCUACCUUUAUUGCUACUUUAAUCCAGGGAGAGGCUGUUACGUUUACAAAUGGGUUGAGCUUUUCUAGUUUUCACAGAAGAGAGUUGUUUGUCACAAACAGGACGGCACAGAUGCGUAGGUCUAUGCCUGACCGCAAACAUGCACGAUGCGCCCUGCGCUUCCGUCUAUUUGCCCUGAAUUAAAUUCAUUUUGAGAGUGGAUUUGUGUGCACAUCUUGUUUACCCUUACUUGUGUUUAUUACAUUCUACUGAAAUCUUGAUCAUCUUGGUGUCAUGAUGGUACAGAAGAGAGGAGGAGAACGUGAAAGGCAUUAUGCAUGUGUGUGUAGGCAAAAGUGUUCUUCCACCUGAUGAUGAGGGGCCAAUUUUCACGAGCGGCGUGCUCACUACAGCAUUACAUCACUCAGCAUCCCCCAGUCCCGAGGUGUCCAAUCGAGCACUAGGUGGCAUCCUAGAUGAGUAAGGAUCCGCGUCUCUGUUUGUGCUCCGUUCAGUCGAGACAUCCAGUCAGCGGCGUCGGGUGUCUCAGGGAACAGUCCCGCGCUCGCUCCCUGUGCGGGGACGCUUGCAAACACAAUGCGCAGGUGACAAGAACCCGCUUCCAGGAGUUCGUCUCUGACUUGUGCCGGCUCGAGGACUAGAACAGCGCUGCCUUUACCGUCCGGAGCGCCGCGGGAGGAUGCACUGCCUCUCUGGCGUCACCAUCACCCCACAACUCCAUGGCUACCACAUUAGGGGUACUCUGGAGAAACAGGUGUCGGGGAAGUGACGUCACGAGCCUCGGAAACCGGAGGUGUGCGCUUUGGAGAGCAAGAUGGCAGCGAAAUCCGACGGUCGGGGGGUCGUCACCGGUUUCGCCCAGCUGCACAACCUGGACGAGACGGUGGGGAGCUGCGAGGACGACCCGCGGCAGGGCAGCUCCUUCCACAUCUGCCACUGCUGCAACACCUCGUCGUGCUACUGGGGCUGCCGGAGCGCCUGUCUGCGUUACCUCCUGGGCAAGGGGAGAGACGUCAGGCGGCCACCUCACGAGGAGCGCCUGUGGUUGGACUGCCUGUGGAUCGUCCUCGCGCUCCUCGUCUUCUUCUGGGACGUGGGCACUGACUUAUGGCUCGCGCUCGACUACUAUGUCAAGCAGGACUACCUCUGGUUCGGACUCACACUGUUCUUCGUGCUGGUGCCGUCGGUGCUGGUCCAGAUCUUGAGCUUCAGGUGGUUCGUGCAGGAUUACACGGGGGGCGGUCUGGCCUCCGUGGAGGGUCUCAGUCGAAGCCGGAGAGCCACGGCGGGCACGAGCGCAGGGGUGUACGGCAGGGCCAGAUGCUGCCGCGCAUCAGUGUGGGUCUGGCAGACGCUCAUACACAUCCUCCAGAUGGGACAAGUGUGGAGGAGCCCCCAAGUCCCCCCACCCCCUCUACCCAACUCCAGAAAGGUCUCCAUCCAGGUGUCCAGCAGAGAUACCUCUCAGAAAGUGUUUGAGGGUGAUUUUCAGGGAUGA